AUGAAGCUCACUCUCGCCGCCGCGUCCACCUUCAUCGCCACUGCCCUGGCAGCCACUCUCCCCAAGUCUUUCACACUCGUUGCUGAUGGCGGCAACACCGUCCUCACUGACAACUCCCACGCCAUCGUGGACGCUUCUCAGGCCAACACACGGGAGAUCCUGCGCCUGACAAGCAACGACGGCGCUAGCAUCAGCUUCACCCAACAAGGCUUGCCACCCACGGCCUGGCAGGACUUCUAUGCCAUCCCGGGCGACGUUCAGCCUCUCGCCCUGACCGUGCCUCACUCCGGUGACCACCCCGCAGACGCUGUGUUCAACGGCUGGGGCGUCACCGACGACGGCUACCUCACCUUCAACGGCGAGAACUCUUUCGGUCUUUCUGAGGACAACAAGCAGGUUUACUACCUCGGAACGGAAUCCGAUAUCCCCAAGGUUUCUCUCUGGGUUAAGGAGCUCAAAUAG